UACGUGACGUCACCGUUGACCGUCACAUCUUUGUCAGUGAACAAAAUGGCGACUUACUGUCUGACUGCGGCCCGGCUUCAGGUGGUGCUGGGUUGUGGCGCAGGGCGACUGCACAUAUCGGCAGCUUUCAGUGCCAAGGCCAAAGUGUCUAUGAGCCGCUUUGAGCCCACUUCAUAUGUCAACUAUGACAAGCUUCAAUCAAACAUUGAGAUUGUGCGAAAAAGACUCAACCGACCGCUCACCCUGUCAGAGAAGAUUGUGUACGGCCACCUCGAUGACCCGCACAAUCAAGAGAUCGAUCGCAGCCGCACCUACCUGCGGCUCCGCCCUGACCGAGUGGCCAUGCAAGACGCCACGGCGCAGAUGGCAAUGCUCCAGUUUAUCAGCAGCGGCCUGCCGAAGGUGGCUGUGCCGUCCACCAUCCACUGCGACCACCUGAUCGAGGCCCAGAUUGGAGGUGCAAAGGAUCUAGCCAGGGCAAAGGAAGUUAAUCAAGAAGUCUACAACUUUCUAUCCAGUGCUGGUGCAAAAUAUGGAGUUGGCUUUUGGAAACCCGGCUCUGGAAUCAUCCAUCAGAUCAUUUUGGAGAACUACGCUUACCCUGGAGUGAUGCUCAUCGGCACAGACUCCCACACUCCCAACGGUGGCGGGCUCGGUGCCGUCUGUAUUGGAGUUGGAGGUGCCGAUGCUGUCGACGUCAUGGCGGGGAUUCCUUGGGAGCUGAAGUGUCCGAAGGUGAUUGGGGUGCGGCUGACGGGCAGCCUGUCCGGCUGGACGUCCCCUAAAGAUGUCAUCUUGAAGGUGGCUGGCAUCCUCACAGUGAAGGGAGGGACUGGAGCCAUCGUCGAGUACCACGGACCAGGAGUCGACUCUAUCUCAUGUACUGGAAUGGCCACCAUUUGCAACAUGGGAGCGGAAAUUGGCGCCACAACCUCAGUGUUUCCCUACAACCAUCGCAUGAGGACCUACCUGGAGAAGACGGGACGUGGAGAGAUCGCUGCCCUGGCUGAAAAGUACUCAGACUUACUGGUACCAGACACAGGCUGCGAGUACGACCAGGUCAUCGAUCUCAAUUUGGAUGAGCUGAAGCCUCACAUUAACGGACCGUUCACCCCUGACCUGGCUCACCCGGUGUCUGAGGUCGGUGCUGUGGCUGAGAAGAACGGCUGGCCGCUGGAGGUUAAAGUUGGUCUGAUUGGCAGCUGCACCAACUCGAGCUACGAGGACAUGGGUCGGGCUGCGUCGGUGGCCAAGCAGGCUUUGGAUAAAGGCCUAAAGUGCAAAUCUCAGUUCACCGUCACUCCCGGCUCGGAACAGAUUCGUGCCACCAUCGAGCGGGACGAAUAUUCAAAGAUUCUUGGCGAUGUUGGAGGUGUGGUCCUGGCCAACGCGUGUGGACCCUGCAUCGGGCAGUGGGACAGGCGUGAUGUGAAAAAGGGGGAGAAGAACACAAUCGUCACGUCCUUCAACAGAAACUUCACUGCCAGGAACGACGCCAACCCUGCCACACACGCGUUUGUUACCUCCCCAGAGAUUGUCACCGCACUGGCUAUUGCCGGCACGCUAAGAUUUAACCCAGAGACCGACUACCUCACUGGCCCCAGCGGUGAAAAGUUUAAACUGCAGCCCCCUAGUGGUGACGAACUGCCUUCUAGAGACUUUGAUCCUGGUCAGGACACCUACCAGCACCCGCCUGAUGAUGGCAGCAGCCUUAAAGUGGACGUCAGCCCUCAGAGCAACCGGCUGCAGCUCCUGGAGCCCUUCGAUAAGUGGAGCGGAAACGAUCUGGAGAACAUGCAGGUCCUCAUUAAGGUGAAAGGCAAAUGCACCACAGACCACAUCAGCGCCGCUGGACCGUGGCUGAAGUUCCGUGGCCACCUGGACAACAUCUCCAACAACAUGCUGAUCGGAGCAGUUAACAGCGAGAAUGAUGAAGUCAACAAGGUCAAGAACCACCUGACGGGGGAGUACGGAGGAGUCCCUGACGUGGCCCGUCACUACAAGGCAAAUAACGUGUCGUGGGUUGUGGUGGGAGACGAUAACUACGGCGAGGGCUCCAGCCGAGAGCACGCAGCCUUAGAGCCCAGGCACCUGGGAGGCAGGGCCAUCAUCGUCAAGAGCUUCGCCAGAAUCCACGAAACUAACUUGAAGAAACAGGGUCUGCUUCCGCUGACCUUCAGCAAUCCAUCAGACUAUGACAAGAUCCGUCCUGACGACAAGAUCUCAAUCAAAGGACUUAAAAACUUCACUCCAGGAAAGCCUCUGACCGCCACGGUGAAGCACGGUGACGGCAGCCAGGAGACCCUGGAAUUGAACCACAGCUUCAACGAAACUCAGAUCCAAUGGUUCCAGGCAGGCUCCGCCCUCAACAGGAUGAAGGAGAUGCAGCACUGAGGAAGUGGGAGGAGAUAAAAGCAGGAUG